CCAACUCCAAUUCAUCUUUUUCUGAAAUCAACCGCGAUCGAAGCUGAGAGUCGCAUUUGGAUCAAUGGCGAACUUCUCUACUCACGGAGCUUGCCCCUCUAUAAAAAACAUUCUUCUUCUGGAUUCUGAAGGGAAGCGUGUGGCAGUCAAAUAUUACUCCGAUGAUUGGCCAACAAAUGCUGCAAAAUUAGCUUUUGAAAAGUCCGUCUUCACUAAAACUCAAAAGACAAAUGCUCGGACUGAGGCGGAGAUAGCAAUGUUUGAGAACAACGUAGUUAUCUACAAGUUUAUCCAGGAUCUGCACUUCUUUGUGACUGGAGGUGAUGAUGAAAACGAACUCAUCUUAGCCACAGUUCUUCAGGGCUUCUCCGAUGCAGUUGCCCUUCUCCUCAGGAACAACAUUGACAAGAGGGAGGCACUUGAGAACUUGGAUCUCAUUCUCCUAUGCCUUGAUGAGAUUGUUGAUGGAGGGAUGAUCCUUGAAACUGAUGCCAGUGUUAUUGAGGGAAAAGUAGCAGCUCAUAGCAUUGAUGCUGGAGCUCCAUUAUCUGAGCAGACUCUAACCCAAGCAUUGGCAACAGCACGUGAACAUUUGACAAGAUCCCUUCUCAAAUGAUACGCACUGCAAAUGAGUUGGCUUCCCUUUCUUUUGUGAUUAAAUUUUUCCUCAGUGGAACACCCGUUCAUUUCCCUUUGGUUAUAUUUUGCUUGACCCUACUGGAAAACGAGGUUCAUGCUGUCAGGCCCCCUUUAUGGCCUUCCUCCUCUUUACCAAUUAAUUGAUUGAUCAUUGGAUUUGAAGAGUUUGUGAUUCACUGAAUAUAGCUUAUGUUAUGAUUCGGUGAAUAAUAUUCAAUGCUA